AUUCGAACACCAAACCUUCUUGAACUACCUAGGGUUUUUUGUUCGAAAUGGAAGAACAAGGCACAACGAAGCAAGGCCAAUUCCAGGCGCCAUUCUAUGUCCCCGUUGUCUUCGAUCCGGUCUCUGGAAUGCCGAUGAUUCCUCUUUAUCCCGCUCCUCAGGAUGAGAAUUCGCGUCAGGGUGGCAUUUUUGCCGUCCCAGCGGUGGGAUCGAGCCUACCGCCAGUUCCUUUCGCAUACGGCGCUCCAUUGGGAAUUCCUUUCGGUAGAGAGGAUCCUUCCGAAACAACAGAAGGGGCAGCAGGUCAAGCAGCAGCAGGGGCCAGGCCGGAUCAACAAGAAAGAGUCAUCGUCCGGAGGUUUCAAGUUGGCAUCCAUCUCGAUUUGCUGCUAAUUCUCAAGCUUAUCACGAUGGUAUUCAUCUUUAGCCAAGAUGGAUCUCGUGACCGGCUACUACUGCUCUUCCUGGCGAGUAUAGUUUACCUGUAUCAGACUGGAGCAUUGACACCAAUACUCCGUUGGGCCUCGGAAAGAGCGAGGAGGAUCAUGAUGCCUCCUCCUAUACAGCCAGCUCGCAAUGCUCCAGUCCCAGAGGCACGAGGUGGAGAUAAUGGUGCUGCUGCUGUUCCAGCAGCAAUUCCACCCGAGGAUCUGCAAAACGAGGCAAGGGUGGCAGCAGCUCCCGAUGCGGACGAACAGCCAGCACGAGCUGAAGAUCAAGCUCAAGCCCAAGAUCAAGAUCAAGCGCAAGCGCAAGCUCAACUUGGUAACUGGAGAGGAUUCGUGAGGGAAGUGCAAAUGCUCGCUGUUGGUUUCGUCACGUCAUUGCUACCCGGUUUUCACAAUAUAGAAUGACUUGGGCUCAUCCUUCAAUUUAGAGAAACAACUUUCUUCUGAUUCUGAGGGAGUAUCUAUUUGUUAUCUGACUAGUAUAACGAGUAGUAUGAUAUAGUUUUAUUUUAUAUCAGGAAACCAAUAGUUUCCUUCUUGAAAUCAACAAAAGUAGGUUGAGA